AUGUCCUCAUAUUGUCCCGCUUUAGUUAGUGCUGACCAUCAUUCUCUGCGUACAGGCCUGUUCAAUCUGCCCGGCGCGAAUCGUACCCAAAUUGCGCCUAUCCUGAGUGCUCCCGGUUUGCCCCCUCCCAUGCCUGUUCAGACCUUCGGUAUGGGGAUGGGCGUUAACCCUAACCUCUCUCGCCAAUCCCGUCGUCUGUAUAUUGGGAGCAUCACCCCGGAUAUCACUGAACAAAACCUUACCGACUUCUUCAACAGCAAGAUGAUCGAGAUGAAUAUUGGAACGGGAGCGCCUGGUCCCCCGGUUCUGGCCGUACAGUGCAACUACGAAAAGAACUACGCCUUCGUCGAGUUCCGUAGUGCAGAAGAUGCAACAGCUGCCAUGGCCUUUGAUGGUAUCAUCUUCGUCAAUGGACCUCUCAAAAUCCGUAGGCCGAAGGACUAUGGAGGCAUGGAGAUGCCCGCACCUCCCCUUCACGUUCCCGGUGUUGUAUCCACGAAUGUUCCAGACUCGCCUCACAAGAUAUUCGUUGGCGGUCUUCCGUCGUAUCUCAACGAAGAGCAGGUCAUGGAACUCUUAAAGAGUUUCGGUGACUUGAAGGCUUUCAACCUCGUUCGUGAGAACGGCAACGGUCCGUCAAAGGGCUUCGCCUUCUUUGAGUAUGUCGACCCCGAAGUCACAGACGUUGCUAUCCAAUCCCUCAGUGGCAUGGAACUCGGCGAUCGCUACCUUGUCGUCCAACGUGCCUCCGUUGGCGCUAAAGCCGGCCAACCAGGCAUGCCGAAUCUUCCCUACGACCAAUUCCCCGAGAUUCCCCGUCCAAUCCUCCCCGCUGGUGCUUCCGACCUCUCCAGCGCAAACUCCCGUAUUCUUCUCAUGCUUAACAUGGUCACCCCCGAAGAUCUCAUCGACGACUCUGAAUACGCCGACCUGCUCGAGGAUAUCCGCGAAGAGGUGGCGAACUACGGCGACGUCGACGAUGUGAGGAUCCCGAGACCGGAUGCGCAGAGGGCUGACGAGGCGGCUGGGGUGGGCAGAGUCUACGUAAGGUAUAAGGACGCGGAGGGGGCUGCGAAGGGGAUGCAGGCGUUGGCGGGACGGUCGUUCGCGGGGAGGUCGAUUAUUGCGACCGUGUUGAGUGAGGAUAGUCAGGUUACGCCACCGCUGGACUUGAUAUUCGCACCGCAGCCAGUGGCAGCACCCCCUUUGCCUGAGGCUGACAGUAAUGAGUCGGCACUGAGCGCGGCUGCUUGA